AUGGAUUCUCAGGUAAUAGGUAUUCUAGGAGGAGGCCAGCUAGGCCGAAUGAUUGUUGAGGCCGCUAGCAGGCUCAAUAUCAAGACCGUGAUUCUUGAUGAUGGUUUUUCACCUGCUAAGCACAUUAAUGCUGCGCAAGACCACAUCGACGGAUCAUUCAAAGAUGAGGAGGCUAUCGCCAAGUUAGCUGCCAAAUGUGAUGUUCUCACUGUAGAGAUUGAGCAUGUCAACACAGAUGCUCUAAAGAGAGUUCAAGACAGAACUGGAAUCAAGAUAUAUCCUUUACCAGAGACAAUCGAACUAAUCAAGGAUAAGUACUUGCAAAAGGAACAUUUGAUCAAGCACAACAUUUCGGUGACAAAGUCUCAGGGUAUAGAAUCUAAUGAAAAGGCGCUGCUUUUGUUUGGAGAAGAGAAUGGAUUUCCAUAUCUGUUGAAGUCCCGGACUAUGGCUUAUGAUGGAAGAGGCAAUUUUGUAGUGGAGUCUAAAGAGGACAUCAGUAAGGCAUUAGAAUUCUUGAAAGAUCGUCCAUUGUAUGCCGAGAAGUUUGCUCCUUUUGUUAAAGAAUUAGCGGUAAUGGUUGUGAGAUCACUGGAAGGCGAAGUAUUCUCCUACCCAACCGUAGAAACUGUGCACAAGGACAAUAUCUGUCAUAUUGUGUAUGCUCCGGCCAGAGUUAAUGACACCAUCCAAAAGAAAGCUCAAAUAUUAGCUGAAAACACUGUGAAGACUUUCCCAGGCGCUGGAAUCUUCGGAGUUGAGAUGUUCCUAUUGUCUGAUGGAGAACUUCUUGUAAAUGAGAUUGCUCCAAGGCCCCACAAUUCUGGUCACUAUACAAUCGAUGCAUGUGUAACAUCUCAGUUCGAAGCACAUGUAAGAGCCAUAACUGGUCUGCCAAUGCCACUAGAUUUCACCAAACUAUCUACUUCCAACACCAACGCUAUUAUGCUCAAUGUUUUGGGUGCUGAAAAAUCUCACGGGGAAUUAGAGUUUUGUAGAAGAGCCUUAGAAACACCCGGUGCUUCUGUAUAUCUGUACGGAAAGACCACCCGAUUGGCUCGUAAGAUGGGUCAUAUCAACAUAAUAGGAUCUUCCAUGUUGGAAGCAGAACAAAAGUUAGAGUACAUUCUAGAAGAAUCAACCCACUUACCAUCCAGUACUGUAUCAGCUGACACUAAACCGUUGGUUGGAGUUAUCAUGGGUUCAGACUCUGAUCUACCUGUGAUUUCGAAAGGUUGCGAUAUUUUAAAACAGUUUGGUGUUCCAUUCGAAGUUACUAUUGUCUCUGCUCAUAGAACACCACAGAGAAUGACCAGAUAUGCCUUUGAAGCCGCUAGUAGAGGUAUCAAGGCUAUCAUUGCAGGUGCUGGUGGUGCUGCUCAUCUUCCAGGAAUGGUUGCUGCCAUGACUCCGUUGCCAGUCAUUGGUGUUCCUGUCAAGGGCUCUACGUUGGAUGGUGUAGACUCGCUACACUCGAUUGUCCAAAUGCCUAGAGGUGUUCCUGUGGCUACGGUUGCUAUCAACAACGCCACCAAUGCCGCUCUGUUGGCCAUCAGGAUUUUAGGUACAAUUGACCACAAAUGGCAAAAGGAAAUGUCCAAGUAUAUGAAUGCAAUGGAGACCGAAGUGUUGGGGAAGGCAUCCAACUUGGAAUCUGAAGGGUAUGAAUCCUAUUUGAAGAAUCGUCUUUGA